AUGCCACGCUCUCCGUCACCUUAUCGUAGUAGCAGUCGUCGACGUUACCGAGACCUUGAUCGUGCCUCUGUUUCUCCAUCCAGAUCGCCACCAGCACGUCGUUAUCGUUCUCGUUCACCACCUUCACCUGGUGGUCGCUAUUAUUCUCGAUCGCCACCAGCACGUCGUCCUAAACGCUCUCCUUCAAGAUCACUAUCUCGUUCACGAUCACCUCCACGCUAUCGUUCUCGUAGACGAUCACCAUCCCCUCGUGGAAGACGAGGUCGUCGUGGCCGUAGUCCUCGAGAUUAUGACAGAGGAAGACGUCGUUCUUGGAGUCGCUCCCCAUCACGUCCUUCUAGAAGAUACAGUCGUGAAGCACCACCACGUAGACGAUCUCCAUCAGCAUCUCCACCUCCACCUGCUGACGAUAAACCCGCUGUGGAAAUCAACGACGACGAUGAUGAGGAAACCAAAAUGAUGAAAUUGAUGGGUUUUGGUGGAUUUGAUACAACCAAGAACAAGCAUGUCCCAGGCACUGAUGCAUCUGCAGCCAAUGUUCGUAAACCUCUAAAGUACCGUCAAUACAUGAAUCGUCGCGGUGGUUUCAAUAGACCAUUGGAUAAGGUAUAG